CCUCCGGGCCGGGUCACAGAAAGCUGCUCCAUGGUGUCUUGUGUUUGUGUGCAGAGCUUUGCCACCUGCCCGUGUCCGUGGGAGCUCGCUGGUGCCCAGUGAGCUCAGCCUGCCCUGCCCUGCCCUGGGACGCGUCCGAGCUGAGCUGCACCGUCCAGCCAUGCUGCGCUUCCUCUGGGACAGCAUCUCCUUCCAGAUGCUCCUCAUCUUCCUCACUGUCUUCCUGCUCGUUGCUGACUACCUGAAGCGCAGAAAGCCCAAGAACUACCCUCCCAGCCCCCUCGCCCUCCCCUUCAUCGGGCACCUCUACCUGAUGGACUUCAGAGAUCCUAUAAAGACCAUGUGGAAGCUUGUAGAAAAAUGUGGAGAUAUCUGCAGCACACAAGUGGGCAACUUAUCAUUUGUGUUCAUAAGUGGGCAGCAGCUGAUCAAGGAAGUUCUUGUAAACCAAGGGGAAAACUUCAUAGAUCGCCCUGAUAUGCCUUUGGAGCAGAAUUUCUUCAGCAACAAGGGACUGGUCAACUCCAAUGGGCUCUUGUGGAAGCAGCAGAGGAGGUUCACCUUGAGCACCCUUCGGAACUUUGGACUGGGCAAGAGGAGCCUGGAGGAGCGCAUCCAGGAGGAGUGUCAGUGCCUUGUGGAUGCGUUUGCAGAGGAGCAGGGCAAUCCUUUCAAUCCUCAUUUUCAGCUCACUAAUGCUGUUUCGAAUAUCAUCUGCUCCAUCAUCUUUGGCAAUCGAUUUGAAUACCAUGAUGAGGAAUUCCAAACCUUGCUGCACCUGAUGGAAGACACAGUUAGGCUCCAUGGGACUGUAGCAGGCCAGCUGUACCCAUCUUUCCCAACUGUGAUGAAAUUCUUGCCUGGAUCCCACCAAACCAUUUUAAAAAACUGGAAGGUGAUGAGAAGUUUUGUGGUGGAGAAGAUUGACAGACACAAGGAGGACUGGAACCCCUCGGAGAGCCGGGACUACAUUGACAGCUACCUGCAGGAGAUGGCCAAGCUUUUUGUGAAGGGUGACAGCAGCAACAGCUUCCAGGAGGAAAACCUGGUGGCAUGCGUGCUGGACCUGCUGUUUGCCGGGACCGAGACCACUGCCACCACCCUGCGCUGGGCUCUGCUCUACAUGGCCAUCCACCCAGAAAUCCAAGCCCGCGUGCAGGCCGAGAUUGACCUGGUGAUGGGGCAGGUGAGGCAGCCAGCCCUGGAGAACAGGGACAAAAUGCCCUACACCAAUGCUGUCAUCCACGAAGUGCAGAGGAUGGGCAACAUCAUCCCCUUCAAUGUGCCAAGAGCUGCAGCCAGGGACACGGUCGUGGGCGGCUACACCAUACCCAAGGGAACUUUCAUGAUGACAAAUUUAAGCUCUCUGAUGUUUGAUGAGAACGAGUGGGAGACCCCCCACUCUUUUAACCCUGGGCACUUCCUGAAGGAUGGUCAGUUCCAGAGAAAGGAGCUUUUCAUACCCUUUUCUGUGGGGAAGCGAGCCUGCCUGGGCGAGGUGAUGGCCCGCUCCGAGCUCUUCCUCUUCUUCACGGCUCUGCUCCAGAAAUUCACCUUCCAGCCCCCCCCAGACACCACCUACAGUCUCAAGCCCAAGCUGGGCAUGACCAUGGCACCAGAGCCCUACAAGAUCUGUGCCGUGCCUCGGUAGUGAAGCUUUGGCCACCACCCUGCUGGGGAAGAUCCUUUGGCCAUGUCGUGCAUUCUCUUGAGCCUGCUGCUGAGCAUUCAGUACCAUGCUGAUGUGAUUUUAUGGCUGGCUCAUUUCUGCUGCUUCUGCUUUUGCUUCUCUAAGAACUUGCUAUGAUGAUUGUGCAUUGUAUUGUUUACAUUAUUCCGUAUCUCAACCUCUCAGGGUAAGUGUUGGGGAUUUUGUUUUCUCUCACUCUCUAUCCUGGCACUGAGUCUUGUUUAGACUGUGUGUAAACUGGAACAGUCUAUUUUGCUGCCCAAUAUGGGUCAAAAGAGGUUGAGAUAACAGGAAGUGAGAUAAUGAGAAGAUUCAGUUAAGUUUGUUAAACAGUUUUGUGCAAGUGUUUUUUUCCAUGGCAUGUUUGCAUCGUUGGUGCAUUUGCUCUCCUGGGACAGCUGGGACAGCAUGCUGGGGCAGGCCCUGGUUAUGGUACCUAAACUCUGUGUUUAGGGUGUUAAUCACAUGGAGAAAUGGAUUAUCACAGAAUCAACCAGCUUGGAAGAGACCUCCAAGGUCAUCCAGUCCAACCUAGCACCCAGCCCUGGCCAAGCAAUCAGACCAUGGCACUAAGUGCCCCAUCCAGGCUUUGCUUCAACACUGCCAGGCACGGUAACUCCACCACCUCCCUCGGCAGCCCAUUCCAAUGCCAAUCACUCUCUCUGACAACAACUUUCUCCUAACAUACAUCUUAUACCUCCCAUGGAACAGCUUCAGACUCUGUUCCCUUCUUCUGUUGCUGGCUGCCUGGCAGAAGAGACCAACCCCGCCUGGCUACAGCCUCCCUUCAGGGAGCUGUAGACAGCAAUGAGCUCUGCCCUGAGCCUCCUCUUCUGCAGGCUGCACACCCCCAGCUCCCUCAGCCUCUCCUCACAGGGCUGUGCUCCAGGCCCCUCACCAGCUUUGUCGCCCUCUGCUGGACACAGGACUCAAGGUGUGGCCUGGCCAGUGCUGAAUACAGGGGCAGAAUGCCACAGUGUUGCUGUGCUGGAUACUCAUAUUAUGGUAUGGUUAUUCCACUAGCUGCUUGGUUUAGAUGUAAUCUUAUCCAAUGAAUGGGCCAGGUCUUGUCCAGAGUAAUACAGGUCUUUCCCAGGAAUACUACCUGGAGAUGUGCCCCGAGGCUGGAUGCAUGGGAGAGUAUAGGACAAGUGCCUAAGAUGGUGGUCACCUCCAGUUUUCUGGAAUGUCAGCCCUGAAUGAGUGCAAAAUCCUGACAAACUGGUGAAAGAUGUGGAAAAAAGCUUUUGUCGGCCUGGAAUUUGCUGAGAGACAGACAGCAGUGCAGCAUGCUGGGGCCUGGCCCAUGCCUAUAGAACCCUUCUCAUCACUGUUCAGAGUGCUCAGGGGCAAGAGACAGUCUCAGAGCCUACAGACAGAUGGGCAGGCACCACAGCUACUCGGAUCCCAGCAGCAGGCUUGGCAGCUGCACCACAGAACUAGCCUCUGCCAGUGUCAGUCACCCCUGUGUGGAAAAAGAAAGAUACAAGCAAAGCAGCUUGUCUGGCAAAGAAUGAGGAUGAAUCAGGGUCAUCAGAGUGACAGGAAGAAGAGCCAGGGCUGGUCACUCAAUCAUUAUCCCUGGCCUUGAAAGAUGCCCAAGGACAAACAGUGGAUGAAAAGACUAGCAGACUCCAGCAGUGUGAGAGAAGCCUCUCUCUUCCUCUGUACAGCCCUGUGUCUCAGCUGUGGAGGAAGUGUCACGAGAGGUCCAUCAACCCAAAAAGACCAUGCACUGCUCCCCAUCUGUACAGUCCUGUGUUUGAGCCAUGAGGAGCAGGUGCUGUCCAAUGGAGACAGUCUGGUGUUACUUGCAUGACUACGGGGAGGGAGGACAAGAGGAGAGGACUCCCCAUCUGUACAGUCCUGUGUUUGAGCCAUGAGGAGGGGACAGAAAGCUCACUUCAGUCUUGGCUGCACAAGUAUGUGAAUUACAAGGAAAUUCUCUCUGGAAGAACACUGCCCCAGUUUCCAGUGGAAAAUUGCCCCAAAAGAGCAGAACUGAUAUUGGAUACUGCUUCUGAUCCUCCCGAAGGGACUGCCAGAGCACUUUUACAGGACACGAGUGAUUUCAGUCAGAAGUAGUGGAGCCCUGACUCCAGCCAGGUGGAGGAGAGGGACAGGAAGGUCUACUGGACAGCAUGGAUCAGAUAGUCUGACCUGUUGGGCUUAUUUUGAGUGGGAAAGGACAGUGACUGAUGUGUGUUGUGUGAUGCUAAUUGCUGCUGGCCAUAAUGUAGGUGGUAUAGAAUAAGGAGUGGAGAUUGCCAUGGGCUUGAGUUGAAAUCUGCACCAGCCAGUUGAAUCUCCUGGUGAGUAUUCAGCACCAAGAUGAGGUCAUGCCAGCUUUAAAAUGAAGGUGCUGGCUGCAGCAGAGUAUCAUGGGGCUUGUAGUUCAGAUUGUAACAAAGAUUCCUCCUUCUGCAUAUUGCUUCUGGUUUAGGGGUGGGUCUUUUCUGCUAGGCUGCCUGUAGCCUUGGUGGGGGGCGUCAUUUUAUGCCUGGCUUCUCUUGCUGCUUCUGCUUUUCCUUUUCUGUGACACAGCAAAGGUAAUUGUGCACUGUAUUCUUUUCAUUAAACUCCUCAUCUCAACCCCA